AUGAUUUUGGGCUGGAAAUGGGUAGGAAGAAGAAGGAGUGUGAGGUGCGGAGGGCGAGACGAAGGGCAACGAGUGGUGGACAGCGGUUACUCGAUGUUUGUUCGGUUUGGUUCGGCUCCUCGCCUCCUUCUUCUUCUUCUUCGCCUUUCCUAUUCUCACACCCCGCGCGCCAACCAAUAGCCUCUCACUUCAACAUGUAUAGGUCCUUAGUGGAUGUUCAUCGCUGUAUCGAUUACUUGAUUAGUUCUUUCGGACCAGCUCUCAAUUUCACCGGAGACAGCUUGAUUUUGAAGCCUUCUGUGAUGAUGGUACCUGUCUGAUGAUUGGUUAAUGAGAUCCUUGAUUAAUUGAUUAAUUUUUGAUCUUCUCCGAGUUUUCUGCUCGAGUUGAAACUGCAUAAAGGUAAAUAUCUAGAAGUUAAUUUUCGGAACCUCAUUUCGUAACAAGUCAUUAGACAGACUGAAUAUGAAUUCUUUCGCUGAAUGUUGAGCUCCUAAUGAUAUGGGAAGGAAACAUAUUUUCUUUUGUUUUGCAGCGAGAAGAAGUUUGAAGCUUUACUGACGUUUUAUGAUGCUCUUUGUAGUUUUUGCAUGCCUUUGGAUAAUGUUUGAUUGAAUAUGUUUGAUUUCUGAGUCUUGAAACGUGUGAAACGUGUGAAACGAUCGCUUAAUAAGAAUUUCCGCUUUUCUCAAGUUGUUCACGGCUUCCAGGCCAUGUUGCGCUCAAUUUUAGACUUUUUGAAGUUGAUAUUUUUGAAUCAUUAGUGUAAUAUGUCUUCUGGUCUCAUUCUGAAACUUUCAAACGAUUUCAGCUAGCCUUUUAAGAAUUAUAUCAUUUUAUCGGGUGUCUAGUCUACUUCUUCCAAAAGGCGUUCAUUUCUUGAUCAUAUAAAAAGUUUAUUCCAAUAAUUAGGUGGCGUUUCACCUACUUGGUACUUUUCAUUUUUCUUCUGAGGACUUUCUUUUUCACUUGAAUUUUGAAAAGUAUUAGAAAAAUAUCGAUUUAAAUAUAGCUUUUUUUGUCUCAAAAGACUCGUGAAUCCAUUCCACUUUUGUUUUCAUUUCUUAAUAGAUUGUUUUUGACUAAUACGUUCGUUUUUUUAGUGAUCCGAUGUGGCCUGGGGGCGCGAUGGCUGGUCCGUCGAUGCAUCCGUGCUCGUCCUACGAUCCUUUCAUGCAUAAUAUGCACUAUGGUCGGUUUUUCAGAUUGUAUUUGAAAAGAAAGUAGCCUUCUGGCAAAUGAGUCAUGAAGUGUUUUUUACAAGAAAUAUACAGCUACUAAUCGAGUUUAACAACAACAAAGCUUCAAAAUUUGAACGAUAUCCUAUAUUUCGACAAAAGACUACAUCAUGUCUAAAAACUGAUAUCGCAAAAACCUCUAUUUAAUUGUGGAAAAGGGGUCUUCGAACGUCAUCCAAAAAUUUGAUAAAUUUCGAAAUUUUCGUAAGCAGCUUUUCUAAAACUGGGCCAAAGCUCUCUUAAGUUGUCUACAAUUAAAAUGAUGAAGUCGUCUAUCACUAAAACUCAUUCAUUCAGCUUGAAAAAAAAAACCAGCAGCAUUUUCCAGGGAUGCAACCGUUUCCGAUGGACCCCACGUCGGCUGCCGCCGCCAACGCCGCUGCUCCUACGGCUCCGAUGGAUUCGAUGAUGGAGCAACAGCAAAGAAUGAUGCGCCAACAGCAGCAGCAACAGCAGCAGCAAGCGGCGGCGUCUCGUCGCGUCGGAGCUCAACCGUCGGCGGCAGAAGCCGCGUCGAUGGCCGCCUACCACAACAUUCCGAUGGGCGCGAACACGGUGCCCGGACAGACUCGUCCUCUGAUGCGCUAUCCGUCCGCCUCGGCAAUGUAUCCCAACAAUCCCGCCGCCGCUGCCCAACUCCAACAGCAGCAGCAGACCUCGAUGCGGUCUCCCGCCUAUCCCGCACCCCAUCAGAUGGUGCGGAUUUGAUGAUUGAUGUAAAAAUAGCGGAAAGCAAGUGAAUUGAGCUGAAAAGCGUUGUUAUUCUAUAUGUUAUCGCGAACAUAUGAAACAUUCGAAGAUUUUGAAAAAAUUCCGAGCAAAGUUUCCCAUUUUUGAUUUUUGAGUUAUCAAGUUCUCAUUAUGAAAGUUUUAUCGUGCCCCUCAUCAAAUAAAAAGGAAGUAUUAUAGAAGUUAGGAAAAUGGAGGAAAGGGGUUUCACUUUUAUCCUGCAUUUUGAUGAUUUUUGCAAACCGGAGGAUUUGUCGAAAACAUCUGAGAGAAUCACUAAAGACUAGUCAUACUCCAUUCGUCACGACUUCAUCUUCUGCUCGCAUUUAGAAUUGUUCAAACGGUUGCUUUCCCUUUAACAGCGAUAGCCAUUCAAAAUGCGACCUACGUCUUUCAAAUGACUGCAAACUGAAUUUUAAAAAGAUAGUGAGGUAUUAAGGCGAAAUGUAGAACUUCUGACCUGACAAAUCGAAAUCCGGAAAAAUUUUGAAGUUUUGCAAAAAAAAAGCUAUCUCAACACAAUAUCACCUCUAAAACUCGCUUUUCAGAUUCGCGCCGGCCCCCCGAUGCUCUACGGAAACCUACAGAGCAACGUCCAACAACAACAGGUUGGCUUGAACUUGCCCAAGUCGUUGAAUGAUCGUUCAGAACGGGUUUCAGGUCAUCUCCUACCCCAACCCCAACAUGAUGCCUCCGGUAAAUUACCAUGGCGGGCCAGAGAAUGGACACAUCGCCGUUCCAGAAAGGGUUCGAAGACUUUGAAAAUUACUUCUGAAUAAUGCAAAUAUUCAGAUUCUGUUGAACGAGACGCUCGACAAACCGUCGAUGAAACUCGAAUUUGAAGUUACCCCCGACAUUUUGGCGUACAUGCAAAGGUGGGUUACCUUAUCUUUAAUCUUUUCCUGAAGCAAGUGCUUGACUGAGAACUUGCGAAAAAAAAGCCGAAUUUCGGGAAAGAGGGAACGAUUUCAGCUUUUUUUGUACCUCAUGAUCUGGUUCAUUUAUUUUUCAAUUUAUUUUUUGUGUUUGCUGGGAACGAAAGCAAAAAAAUAUCCUUAAAAGUCCUGUUCGAAAAACAUCUUCGUCGAUUUACAGUAGUCCAACGGACAUCCUGAUCACGGUGUUCAUCCCGAACAUGGCUCAAUGUGCACCGGAAGAUCAGAAGGCCCCGAUGAAGAUAUCGGUGAACGGCCGACAGCCGUUCGACAUGACCGGCGCCAUCAAAACUCAGGCGAUCCGUCCCUACGUCGUUGGCGGCAAGAACUCCCUUCAAAUCGCAUAUCAUGCACGUUUCUCGGUGAGAAUUCGCCAAAGAAUAAAUCUGAUGUCAUCGAUUAGCUCCAUCGGAUCACUGUCGAACUGAUCUCACGUCGGUACUUCGCCCAAGUCACUCAACAUCUUCUGCAAACCAGCGAGAACAACCUUCCUACUUCCAGAAAUCGAGGUUUGUAACGGAUUUGAGGUCGUAUGCAAUAAGGUAGAAAAGGCUUUUUCUGAAACUCGGAUAUCACUUGAAUCAGUUCUUUUCCGACUUAAAUAUUUUUCUUUUCUAUCUGAAUCUUCAUAAAAAGAAACCGUAAAACAUCAGAAAAAAAAAUCGAAAUUAAUGAAUUAAGAGCGGGUUUCAGACUUUUUCUACUUUCAGGAAAGUGGGGUAAAAUCGUUUCUAAAGACUGUCAUUAGACUUUUUCUCAAUCCACUGAAAUAUUAAGAUUGAUUUUGCAGUGCUGAGCAUCGCGAACACGCUGGGCGGAUCAGUACGAGUGCCGCUGAUCUGCAGCUUCUCGAAGCGACGGAUGUCGACCCCGGCGCGGCACUCGACGUGCAACGCGUUCAGCUGGUUCGACCUCAACACCUUCCUCACGGCACACGCCAACACCACCAAGUACUUCUGCCAGCUGUGCAAGUAAGUUGGCGAAAAAUGCGAACAGUUGAACAGGGAUAAAGAAUCAAGAAAAUUUGAUUGAAAAAGUUGACUUUGAACGCUUUGAGAUCCAGUUAUCAGAAGUUGCAGUUGCAAAAAAGUUUCAUUUUUUUUGGUUUACUGAGAGAAACAAAUCAGAACAAGAAAAUAGGCUUAAAUAAUGAAAAAUCUAAUUUUUUUGCUUUAAUUACGAAUUGAACACUUUUUCAACGGUUUUGACAACAAGCUUGGUGUUUUCAGCGUGAACAUGGCAUUUUCCAGAAAAUUUCUAAAAAUCUAGAUGAACAUUAAUCAUAUUCGCGACCCACAAACUUUUAGUUUUGAAAACAUUUCUUUCAAAGUCGGCCUUCUGAGAAAAAUCAGUCCUGCAAUAAAUCUGAGAAUCCAUUAUUUUUGAAAUGCGUAAUUUGGCUAAACACUAUAUUUAAUUAUCGACCUGUAAAAUUAGUUCGUACAUUUUUUCUGAAAGUUCCAAUAUUCACUAGUAGCUUUUCCUUACGAAAAAAGUAGACAGUUACAAAUAUUCUAUAUAAAGAGGAUUGAGUGCGAGACAACGUGAAAACCUGUUUAAUUUCUUAUUAUAAACUCCAUGAAACGUACUUUUUUACAUUUUCAACUCAUUCAACUGAGAAAAUAAUUUUUCAGCACGUGGUUCACGUUACGCGACAUCGAAGUGGACUUUUACAUCGGCUCCUUGCUGACCGAGUACCGGAACAUGCCGCAACUCAAGGAGAUCCUUCUGGACAAGUCUGGAGCUCAUCGACCUGUUGAUUCGAUGCAAAUGGAAGGAUUCGGCGGACAACAACCCCAGCCCACGCCGGCAAAUCAGAAGAAACGGCAGCUCCAAGAAGACGUCGCCAACCCCAUCAAGAGGAUCAAGAGCGAGACUUUUGCCACUUUCGCUAAGCAGGUCGGUAUUGGAUGAAAAAUGGGAGAAGUGAUGAAGAGAACACUCAAACGGGGAAGGUUUUUUGAGAGAGCCUAGCAAAGAGUUGACAAUUUGACGGUGAUAAAAUACGUGCUCGAACAGCUAAGAAAGACUCUGAAAACGAUUCAGGCGCUCAACAUUUGAAAGAAUCAUUCUGUGCGAUAAUAUUGGUCCUUAAAGAAGGUCUCCAAGUAUAUUUUCAAUUUAAGAAGGCCAUAGUUCAUUAACAUCCAGUUAACUGCAAAAAAAGACUCGAGAAGAAAAAGUUCUAUCCAAUUUUUGUGAUGACAUUUCGACUAGGAAGCGUUUCUGACUGAAUUUCAGAUCCAUCUUCUGCUCUUCAAGUGCAGGAAGUUCUUCAUAUUUAAAUUUCAGCAGGACCCAUUCUCGAUGGAGCGAACUCACGACGAUCAUUUCGCCAACAUGCCGAUGCCUGGAUCUGUGCCCAACUGCAUGAACUACGACGCGCUGCCCAAGAUGAUGAGUCCAUUCCAAGGCAUGGGAAGGUGAGGUUUCUCCAUGAAAAAGUCCAUAAAGGAUAGUUUAUUUCAAUAAAAUGUAAAGCGUGACGGACUGUAAAUAAUUAUUGCGUUCUGAACAUGAUGAAAAUUUUUCAACUCAUUUCUUAAUACUAAAAUCUUCAAAGAGAUCAGAACGCUACUGGGAGUAUUUUAGAACUUGAUCUCAUGGAGUACUGCUUUUCAUAUGCUGAUCUCAUAGGGAAGGUCUCUUUACUUUGUGGUUGGGUAAUUUCUAAAAAAUCGACCAGAACACUCUUAGAUGUGCCAGAUGAAAAUCCUGAAAGUCUCAACCUGCACAACUUUAAAGUUUGUGAAAAAGGGCAUCUCAAAAUAAAAAAGAAACCCUCACAAUCCGUUAAAAUAAGCUUUUUAAAAGGCUUUACCCUUUUUGUUGAAAUUUGCUCUCAAGUCUACAGAGGACUCGAACCAGCAUUCUCUCGAAACACUGAAAUCGAAAUUCAAAAAAAAUUUCUAGCCCAAACAAGCCGACGACGAACGUAAACCCUUCGACGCCGGCUUCACUCGGAAACAACCCGCCGUCGGUCGGUUCAACCUCGGCUGCUCAUCAGAUUCUGUCGUCGACGUCGCCCCGACACGGAAUCCACCCCCAGGAACAGCCGGCCUCCCUAGCCGGUAUUGCUCAUCUCAGCGCGUGACGUCACCUAACCGGCAGCUUCAGGUUCAGCCCCGUACACACCGGCCUCUGUCGGAAUGUCAACGUCAUCCUCGGCCCCGAGCUGCGAAGGCGGCAAAUACCACGACGGCAACCUGUCCUCGUCGAGUCUGAAUAUCGACGUCGUUGAGCUGUAUUCUACUGGAGAUACGGUACUGAAACGACCUCUUUGCCACAGGAUGACUUUCAUUUUCAGUCGCUGGUCGACAAUUUUGAAAUCAUCAAGAAGUACCUGAACGACACGUCGUUGACCAAUUUCGACGAUGUUCAAGUUAAUGUGAGUUUAAAAUAAAGAGACCUCAUAGGAGCCCUUUUUUUGUGUUUUUUUGAAUUUCAAAACUUUCGUAAGGAAAUUUAAGGUUCUAAAGCUUUCUUUUUUUCAUAUAUCAAGAGAAUAUUCAGAGAAAUUGGUAUUUUUAAAAAAACUUUAUAUGAUUUUUUUUUGGAAAUUCUCCAUAUAUAGUUUUUUUGGGAUCAAGAAGUUGAGAUUGAAAAGUUGAAUUUUAAAAAUUGAACAGAUUUGAUGGUGGAAGCUUAUGCCGUGAUUCCGCGAAAUUCAAAACAGAUUAGUUUUUAUUCUAAAUUCAAAAAGUAGAUUAUAAAAAUUUUUCAAGAUUUUCUUUUCGACUUCCUGAGCGCCUUUUUGAAAUGUUGUUCAGUUAGCGGUUAGUUUGUGCUCGAAAAAAUUACCAAAAGCGGAAAGUGAGAAAGAAAAUUAAAAGAAAUAACUUCAGUGAAUGAUGUCCUAAUUGUAUGUCAACUGCAGGACGAGGGCUACAAUCCGCCUUGGGAAGACAUUCAAUCCCUCAUCAGUGGAAAAUGA